GCCCAAUCGCCGUAUACUUUCUGCAUUUAACUUGUAUGACAUUUUUAUUUCAUCAUUAUCAUCUGGCGCCAGAUUGAGGCUGAAUGCCUCCGACUCUGUUGCAAAUUGGUGUGGAGUUCCACUGUCCCCACAUGCAAAAGUUUGGUGCGUUUUUCUGAACUCCCGGGAUUCUGAACAACGCAGUCCGCUUUCUUGCCCGAGCCUCCGCACGGUGCCUGCAGUGACUGCUCGGAGUCAAACAGCCAUGCCCGAGACAGCAGCGCAGGAGAAUCCCAUCCAGCCUAAAGAGUCCUCCUUCUCCAUCAAAAACCUGCUGAACUGUGAUCGAAAGCCGUCGAAGCCCAAGACUUUGCUGUCGGCAGUGAAAGGGGUGGUCGAGGGCACGACUUUCUCCUUACCUCACUGCAGGGAGCCCGGCUUCCCCAGGUUUGAACUCCCAGCGCAGAGAUUUGCUUUGCCGGCGCACUAUCUGGAGAGGUCCCCCGCCUGGUGGUACCCCUGCACACUCACAUCAGGGGUGCAUCUCCCGCGGACGGAAGCUGUUGAGAAAAGCAGCGGAUGUGCCCGAGACUCCUCUCCGGACAGAGACUCUCCCGAGCCGGCCCUCAAAAUUGAGCCGGACGGCAAAGAAAAGGAAGACACCAAAAGCCUGGAAGAGAUCGUACUGGAGGAAUCGAGCGACGCGGAGGAACAAAAGAAGGAAGAUAAUAACAGCGAGGACUGGAAAAAGAGAGCCGAAAGUCCCGAGAGAAAGCCGUGUAGGAAGAAGAAAACUCGCACAGUUUUCUCGAGGAGUCAGGUUUUCCAGCUGGAGUCGACCUUCGACAUGAAGCGUUACCUGAGCAGCUCAGAGAGAGCGGGGCUCGCCGCCUCUCUCCACCUGACUGAGACCCAGGUGAAGAUCUGGUUCCAGAACCGCCGGAAUAAGUGGAAAAGGCAGCUGGCUGCCGAACUGGAAGCGGCCAACAUGAGCCACGCGGCCCAAAGGAUAGUUCGGGUGCCUAUCUUGUACCAUGAGAACUCGGCUUCGGAGUCUGGGAGCCCUGGUAACGCACCAGUCACCCAGCCUUUACUAACAUUCCCACAUCCAGCCUAUUACUCACAUCCUGUAGUCACAUCCGUACCCCUCCUGCGGCCAGUGUGAUUUUAUUUUAAUAUUUAACUUGUUAUUACUUUUUUGUAAGAUUAGACAUUGUAGUUUUGAAGCAACGAAUCACAAGAAGACCAGAUAUAAAUGUCUACAUUGCUAACAUCGUUUAACUUCAGCUGUACCCCUUUAAAGGCCAGUCUGAAUUUA